UCAAACGAUCAGCAAGCUUUGCAGAAGCCUGAUGGGAUCUAAAAACAGUCUGGAUAGGGGGAAUCGAGUUUGCGGACCUGCUGUGACGUGACAUUCCUUUCGCGAGGGACACUUUGUUGUUCAAAUUGGGUGCCUCAACUGUUUUUUUUCCUUCCAUGUCCCCUUAGGGGCUCCAGCCUCCGUAGUAAUCAGCGUUUUAAAAAAGUAGCAGAUUAAGUCAUAGACGACGUUGGAGGUCUACACUGAACAACAAAGCAGGCACCGCACGACAUAGCCAUGCGGGACAUUCGGCUGUUCUUCAUGACCGUUAUCUCGUGUUCCAGGAUGAGAGGAGCAAAGGUGGCGGUGGUAGGCGCGGGCGUGGUGGGCUUGUCCACGGCCGUGUGCAUAGCCGAGACUCUCCCCGGCUGCUCGGUCACCCUGAUGGCCGACAAAUUCAGCCCAAGGACCACCAGCGACGGAGCGGCCGGGAUCCUCUGUACGGAACAAUAUCCAGAUAUUCCUUUGGAACGCCAAAGAUGCUGGUUCCGCGACACCUUUGACCACCUACUGGCCAUCGCGCAGUCCAGACACGCACCUGAGGCCGGAGUGCUGCUAAGCUCAGGCGUUCAAAUCUUCAGGGAGCCCCCUGCCAACAAGAGGCCCUACUGGUGGGACAUCGUGUUUGGCUUUCGCUUCCUGAGCGAACGCGAGCUGCGCCGCUUUCCCGAGCACACGUUCGGCCAGGCCUUCACCACCAUCAAGUGCGAAUGUUCCAGCUACCUGCCCUGGCUGCAACACAAGUUCACGAAAGCCGGCGGUAAACUGGUGGAGAAGAAAGUGUCCAGUCUUGAGGAGUUGAGCCCAGACUACCACGUCAUUGUCAACUGCUCGGGCCUGGGCUCCAAGGAGCUGGUGGGAGACGUCGGGCUCGUCCCGGUCCGGGGCCAGGUCUUGAAGGUGGACGCCCCUUGGCUGAAGAACUUCGUCCGUCAAGAGGAGGGGAAGUCCUACAUCUACCCCGGCUCCAGCUACGUCACUGUGGGCGGCACCCGACAGGAGGGAGAUUGGCGCCUGGCGGUCGACCCCGGGGACACCGAGGCCAUCUUGGAGCGCUGCACCAGGCUGGAGCCAUCCCUGUGUCGGGGUAGGAUGCUGGGGCAGUGGGUCGGGCUCAGGCCCUCCAGGAGGAAUCCAAGGGUGGAGAGGGCGGGACAGCGGCUGGGCGGCGGCCGCGGGGCCCAUGUGGUGCAUAACUACGGCCACGGGGGCUACGGCGUCUCUUUGGCCUGGGGGACGGCCGUCGACGCCACCGGGUUGGUCAGGAGCUGCCUUCAAGAAAUGCAUCUACAAGCCAAACUGUGAUCUCCCGAUGCCAUUGAACGCAUCAUCGCAGACGAAUCAGUGGGGUUAAACGAUUUAGAUAAUGUCAUUGUGAGUUUUAAAAAAUAUUAAUUAUGUAGUUUUUUUAAGAGGUACCGCUACUCUUUUUCCGCAUAUUUUAAGAAACAAGCCAUGAAUUAAUCAGUACUA